AUGACAGAAUAUAACCGCAUCAUCAAUUUCAAGGAACCGAUAAACGACAAAGUUCUUCCUGGUCACGUGAUAAGGACUGAGAUGGUCCGAAACGAGGGAAGCUGCCGGGUGAAGUGCUUUUUGGAGCCAAACUGCGUAUCCAUCAACGUGGGGCCUGAAGUUGAGGGAACACGAACAUGCGAGUUGAAAAAUUUCACCGAUGAAAGCGAAACACAAACUGGUUUGGAAGAAAAGAAAGGUUACAUACACUUUGCUGUUGAGGUAAGGCACUUCGCAGUAAUAAAAGAUGAAGAGAAUAUGAGUGAAGUUGGCCAUUCAGUAAAUGUUUGUAUAGCGAGUGUGUUACCUGUAUUACAGUCACCUUUAUAUACAUUAACACUUAUUUUGCGUGCAGAAUUUAUAUGAGGAAUGGGCUGAGCAACGCUGUUUCUCUUACCUUUAUGUAACUCAUUUAUAAAAAAAUAUCAAAAAUUUGCGCUGAUUGUCAAUUUAUAUAAGAAGCUUUUAACUAGAUAACUAGGAAAACACCAGUUUCAAUUACCUGAGGGUAAACUUAAAACUCUCGCACUGAUUCAAAACCUCGGCUUAAAUGGUUUCCUAUUUCCUUGAAAAGUGUGGCCGGAGGUUUCAUGAAGUAUUGAAUGAUAUUAGGACCAGUUAAUGUUUAAAAAAUUCAAACAGAUGUGUCAAUAGACCAAUUCCGAUAUAUCAAACUUCAUACAUGGCUCCGAGGCUUGGGGGAAGAAAACAAAUUAAAGAAAUUAUCUUGAGGCUCAGCAAUGAAUACACUGUGAAUAAUAAAUUUAUUUUAUUUUAUUCCCCCAAGCCUGCUGGGAGCCAAGUAUGAAUUUUGAUAUAUUGAAUCCCGAAAUUAACAUAUUAAUUCUGUGUCAUGGUCGUUUUUUAACUGUUUCCCAGAACUUUUGUCAUCGUAGCCGUUGCCCUGGAAAGUACUUUCUGUGCCAAGUCGGGUUUACAAAUAAAGGAUACAGAUGUUUCUGUCCCGAGGGUUUUAAAGGAGAUCGAUGCGAUGAAGGUAAUGUACACUCAAUAGGCUAAAAUCUCGUUCCCAGGUUCUCUCUCCUUUGGCUGAUUGACUAAGUUUUGUUUCUGUAAUUUUAUUCUCUUUUACUCCAUUCUUACUUUGAUGCAUUCCCCCACUUCAUCAAGAUAAAGUUGAUUGUCAUGGAUCAUUUUACAUUACCAUGCAUGGUUAACAAUUAAAAAAAUGAAAACGAAAAUUUAAGCACUGAUGAAAAUAACUGGCCUGACCUUAACAUAUCAUGGACGCAAAGACAAAGACAAAUGAACACCAAAAGUGUUUGUCGACGUAUUCAAAUAUCCACACACAUGACCAUGUACGCAAAUGGUUCCAUUAA